AUGAGGCCAUCUAUGAAACGUACAAUAAUCACAUCAAAAACUACAGGUCGACGAUAUUUUUUGGUUCGAUCUUCUAAAGGAGGAUCUGCUCGACGAUAUUAUGUAUGUUCAAGACCAGAUUGUGAUUCACGUUUAACUCGUGAAGCUGAUUUUUUUUGUCGAGUUCAUUCACAAGUAAAAGGCUCCGAAAAUACAGAUAUUGCUGAUACGUCAACACAAUUGGAUGAUAUUGAUGAAGACAACUUAAAUGAUAAUGGUGAAAUAGUUGAUGAAGACGAUUUAGAUGAAAAUGAUGAAUUAGUUGAUGAAGGAACACCAACACAGGCACAACGAAAUACAACUAUGGAUUCAAUUGAUGAAAAUCAUCAAAAUGGAGAUGCAAAUCAUGAUUCAACUAUUGAAGAUGAUUACCAUGAUGGCAGUAAUGAUUUCAAUACUUCACAAACACUUUCGUCUAGACAAAGAGCUAAGGCAAAUCGUGAAAUUCAUGUAGAUGAAACAACUGGUACACGUAGUUUUCGUGACAGUUCAGGUCGUCGUCGAUAUCUUUGUAUGCACGAAUCAUGUACAAAUAUGCUCAAACGCCAAGCUGAUAUUUUCUGUCGAACACACGCAACUAAUCAUACGAGUGUAAAUCAAAAUAAAAAGAAAAAAGGAAAUCAUAAACGUUACUCAGCACCACCAUUGUCUAAUGAAACACAAGAUCAUGUUCGUUCACCAUUAUCAACUACAACAAUAACUACAACAUCAACAAAUCAAAAUAGUACAAAUGGAAAUCAUUCAGAAGAAUAUGAAUCACCAGAAAAAUCGCCGGAAGUUACAAGAACAUGUCGAACAAUUCGAGAUGCAUCAGGAAAAAUACGUUUUAUUUGUGCGAUUCCAUCAUGUACUAGCCAAGUACCUCGAAAAUCACAAGCUUUGUGUAGACGACAUCUACUUGAAGCUUCAGCUAAAGAAUCGGAACAAAACAAAGAAUCAACUACUACAAAUGAUGCUAUUAACUCUAAUCAGAAAGACAACGAUGUGCAGGAGAUGGAUGUGAAUCAUAAUAAUACUGUAACUUCAUCUGGAUCAACUUCUAGUGAACAUUCAACAAAAAAACGCAAACUUGAAUCCCAAACUUCGCAAUCUAAAUCAAUUAUUCUUUCAACAAUUCCUGCUAACAAAAUUGUUGUUUCUACAACAGCUCUUCUUGAUCAUCAAUGGAUUACUGUUCUAACAUUUCUUCGUCAGUUUCCUCAAGUUCAAUUAGCAACAAAUUUAAAUGUUAAUAAUUCUACAACGCAUUUACUUAUUGAUGAUAGUGAAAAUCCUUUACAUUGUACCAUAACAAAAAAAAUUGUUCAAGCAGCUGCACGUCGUCAUAUAUUUAUAAUAUCUGUACGUUGGAUAACUGAAUGUAUACGUUUAAAUGAAAUUAUUGAUGAACAUCCAUUUGAAAUAACAAGUGAUUCUCAUACAACAUUACGUUUAUCAGUACAAGAUUUUCAACAAAAUCAUAAAUAUUUGUUUAAUAAUGCAUCAUCAGCAUUAACGUAUGGAUUUGCAAUUGAAUGUCGUCAAUGCCAAGGUUCAAUUAAUCGCAGUGAAUUAGUUGAAUUAAUUGAAUUAACCGGUGCUAAAUUAUAUGAUAAUGAAAAUUCUAUUGAUAUGUUAAUUGUUUUAUGUGAUACCAAUGAAAAAAAUAUAAAUAAAAUCAAAGAAAAAUAUCUUCAUACAAAUAUAUCAAAUAUAAAAUAUGUAAUAAGUGACUUCUUACUUAAAUCAAUUAUCAAAUUUGAAAUACAAGAUAUUGACAAAUAUUCAUUAUAA